AGAAUUUGUUGACGUGUUGAUAUAGAAGAGUAGCGAGGUUGCCCAGAUCAGUCUGUCGCUUGCAUCUGCCGGGACGUCAUGGCCUUUAGGUUGUUUGAAGAAAGUGACCAUGUGGCGGCCUACCUGCAGUAUAGAGUGACCCCUUAUGAACUCAUCAACAAGAUUAUGGACUUUAUGGGACCAAAGGUGCAAAACAAGUUCAAUCUUGCAGUGGAUGUUGGCUGUGGGAACGGGAAGGGAACCGUACUCUUGGCUCCGUUCUUCAAGCAGGUCGUUGGAACAGACGUGAGCCCCGCCCAACUGGAGCUGGCUCGGGCCCAUAGCACUUCCCCAAAUGUCUCGUACAGGCAGAGUCCCGCUGAAGAACUGCCGUUUGAGUCCGGCCAGGUGGACCUCCUGACGGCCAUGACGGCAGCCCACUGGUUUGAUCGGCCUCGGUUCCUGAAGGAGGCUGAGCGGGUCCUGAAGCCCAACGGCUGCCUGGCCCUGCUGAGUUACACCAUGGACAUGGAGCUGGAGUACGGCGACGCCACCAGCGCACUUAACAACAUCUGCAAAGAGUUUUAUGCAGCUCUGUUCCCCUACAAAAAUCCUUGUCUGGGCACCUGUUCUUCACAAACCUACUUGGACAUGUUUGACUCCUGCCCCUUUCCGGACAAAGAGUGGAACGGCUGUCAAAACAUUUACAGGACGGCGACAGUAAACGGUUACAUUGGUUUGGUAGAGACAUUUACUAGUUACCAGACAAUGAAGAGCCAGGAUGCCACCGAGGCCAAGCGUCUCUCUGAUGACAUCAGAAACAAGCUGAUGGCUGCCAUGCAGGUGUCCUCGCCAGACGUGGAGCUCACCAUUGUGAGCAAGUAUUUCUACAUUCUGGCACGAAAACCAUAAUCCUUUUGUAUUAUAGAAAUUUAAAUACUAUAAACCAAGGAUCACUAUUGUGGUUAGACUGAAAAGAGUUGCAGAAGAAAAUGCCCCUCAGCCUGCCUACCUUUGAAUAAAGCUAAAGCGAUACAAAAAAACCCAUGAAGGCUGUUUUUUUUUUUUUUUUGCAUUGUGUUUUGAUUGGCAUCCUUCAAAUGAUGCUAUACAUUUUUAAAUAUUUUUUCAUUUUAUCCUUUGCAGAUUUACUAAUGGAAUUUUCCCCCUCUCAAGUAAAUUACAGCGCCCUCUAGUGUUCAUGGUGAAUACUAACGCUAAUUUUACGCGUUUCUCCGUAAAAUUCGCUAGAUGGUAGCAGAGGAAAGCGCACGAUUUACAUAUUUGGUGGCUCCAUCGUCCAGCAACUCGACUUUAAGUUUGACUGUAGCCACACCGGCCGGCUCUGUCAUGUUCCAUUCAUCACAUAU